CGCGCUCUCUAUGGUGCUGCGGAAGACAUGUGGCGCCUCCCGGGACUCCUGGGCCGGGCUCUUCAACGGCUGCCAGGACCUGGCCUCCGGAAGUUGAACCCCAGGUCUACAAGCCCAGAUGGGCCUCAGACUACCUCCUCCAACCUGCUGGUCCCUGUGCCCCGCCUUGAUAGCUCCGGCCCUCAUGGCCCAGGCCCAGGCACAAGCAAGGGCCCAAGGACCCAUGGGUGGAAGGAUGCCUUCCAGUGGAUAUCUACCCGUGUCUCCCCGAACACCCUGUGGGAUGCCUUAUCAUGGGGCACUCUGGCUGUGCUGGCCCUGCAGCUGGCGAGGCAGAUCCACUUCCAGGCUUCCUUGCCAGGAGUGCCUCCACGAGCGGAGCUCUGCUCUUGGCACAGUUCCCUGGAUCAUUUCCUCUCAUCUCCCUUGUGGCACCCGUGCUGCUCCUCACUGCGGAGGCAUGUUCUUCCCAGCCCUCAGGGCCCGACCCACAGGCACACUGGCCUCAACAAACCCAGGCUGGGCCAAGAAGGGCCCUCAGCUCAGCCCAGGAAAAUCUUUUCACACAGAAUCUUGAGGGCCUCCUGUGUUCAAGAUUCCUCUGAGGAAGGUCCCAGUGAUACUGGCUUCCUGCAUGCCAGCAGUAGCUUUGAGUCCAAGGCAAAGCCAGCCCAGACUCAGACAACUGGAGAAAAGCAGGAACAAGAUAAAUCAAAAACUCUUUCCCUUGAGGAGGCAGUGACUUCUGUUGAGCAGCUCUUCCAGCUCAGUGUUUCCAUCGCUUUCAACUUCCUGGGGACUGAGAACAUGAGGAAUGGGGACUGCUCGGCAGCCUUUUCUUACUUCCAAAAAGCUGCAGACCGUGGCUACAGCAAAGCACAGUACAACAUGGGCUUGUGUCAUGAGCAUGGUAGAGGCACCCCCCGAGACCUCAGCAAGGCAAUCUGUUAUUACCAGCUGGCUGCCAGCCAGGGCCACAGCCUUGCUCAGUACCGCUAUGCCAGGUGCCUACUGCAAGACCCUGUCUCCUUGGUGGUUGCUGAGCAGCAGAGGGCCAUGUCCAUGCUGAAGCAGGCUGCAGACUCAGGCUUGAGAGAGGCCCAAGCUUUCCUCGGUGUGCUUUUCACCAAGGAGCCGUACCUGGAUGAACAGAGAGCUGUGAAAUACCUUUGGCUUGCAGCCAACAAUGGGGACUCACAGAGCAGGUACCACUUAGGAAUCUGCUAUGAGAAGGGCCUUGGUGUGCAGAGAGAUCUAGGAGAGGCCGUGAAAUGUUACCAGCAGUCGGCAGCUCUGGGGAAUGAGCCUGCUCAGGAGAGGCUGCAGACCCUCUUCUCCAUGGAGGCAGCAGCCUUCAGGCCCAGUGACCUGGCAGUUACAGGAUUGAAGUCCUUCUCCAGUCCCUCCCUCGGCAGCCUGAACACCCUGCUGGCAGGAGCCUCCUGUCUCCCACACGCCUGGAGCACAGGGAACCUUAGGCUCCUCUACAGAAGUGGGCAUCUCAGACCCAACCCUGGUGCCAACAGCAAUGGUAUCCCACCACAUUCUCACUCCUUGGAAAGGAGUCUUGUAAGACUAGGUUUUGGCUAA